GGGCUGGAAGCAGAGGAGUGGCAGGGUCAGACAGACUCCAGAAAAGAAAGGAUGCAGAACCGGACUGGGCUGGUGCUGUGCGCCCUCUCCCUGCUCACGGGCUUCCUGAUGAUUUGCUUGGGGGGCUUCUUCAUCUCCAGCUCCAGCUCCCACUCCCACAGGAAUCUGGUCGUGGCCUAUGUGCUUCUGCCUCUGGGCUUUGUGAUCCUUCUGAGUGGAAUUUUCUGGGGCACCUACCGCCAAGCAAACGACAACAAAGAGAUGUUCAACCACGUGCUUAGACAGCACCUUGCUUUCCAGGACCUGCCCCUGGCUACUGUAGACAGGCCUGACUUUUACCCCCCGGCUUAUGAAGAGAGCCUGGAUGUUGAGAAACAGGCUUGUUCUGCAGGCAGAGGGCUCCUAGGAUUUCCUCCUCCUCUGUAUACAGAGACAAGCCUUGAACCCCAAGACAAAGACAAAAAUGACCCACAACCAGAGGCCCCGCCACCCUACCCGGAGAACAUAGCAGUUGCAGCAGCUACAGUGAAGACACAGGAUGCUGAGGAACCGAGCACAGUGCUGAAGGCCGGGGCUGUUCUCCAGCUCUCAGAACUCGCCAGCUGCUGAGGAGAGAGCCUGGCCAGGGACUGGGAAGUUGCUCUGCCACCCUGCACUGGAGCAAGGCCACUAUGGGUUCCGGUGACUCAAGUUUAGCCUUUCCAGGCAGCAUGGGGCUCCAGAAGGGGAUAGCCACCAGCAGGAAGUGGGUGCAGGAAAUUCCCACAAAGCCCAACCUAGAUGAACCUUAGACCACAGAGAAGGGCCCUUCCACCUCCUUCCUAACCUCAUCACCUCAGCCUGAGCCUGGAGACACAUUGGCUGUGGGUUGGAUGCCAUAACCCUUCACACGCUGUGUCCAAAGAAUCAAAGGAAAGGAUGCUUGGGUGGCAGCCCUGGUAUCACCCCACUGAGUGGGCUCCCUGAGUGACACCAUCGCUCACACACACCAUAGAAGAUGUCUUAGGAACCUAGGAGUGUUGUUUUGUAUCAUUGUAUUUUAAUUAUGUGUGUCUUUUUCUUCUAUAUAAAAGAGACUGUAACAUUUGCUUCCAAAUGGUUCAAACACAAGGUGUUAUUUCCUAAAGAGGUCUUUCUACAAGCACACAGGAGCUCUUAUAGAUUCAGGUUGACCAGAUAGAAUACUUAAUUCAUGAUAGAGAGAAUCAAACAUGAGGUUGAUAUACAGCUUGCUAUAAAUCUUGUGCAGAUUAAAAUAUGUUUCUAUGCAGUUUUCAAAGAUGCACCCUCGCCAAAUUCAGAACGUGAGUGAUUAAAACUUGUAAGGCCACAUCUCUAGUACUAGGAUGAUUUUGGUGUCUCCAGAGAGAGAACUAGACUUCUAGGUUUAACCCAGUGGUCCCUCCCUGGUUUCAUUUUCUUUGUGGGAGGUUUUGAAGUCAGAGAACAUGCUGGUGGAAGGACGCCAGCAGGACACUCAGGGUGAGGCACUGGAACAUGGAUGAAGAUCUUCAUCUCCUGGCCUCCAAUUCUUUCCCUAGGGAGUGAGGUGUCCGUGUUAACAUCUAACAGUUACGCCAUGCCUUCCAAACAGCAGGUCCAAAGAGCCCUCCUGUACCCUUUGUUUAACCCUCACCCCAUCUUUACAAGGUGAGGGCUAUGACCAUUCCUAUUUUCACAAUGGGUUAAUUGAGGCUUCAAGACUUCAGGGACCAUGUUCAAGAAAACAGCGGCCUGAAGGAAGGCGAAGAACCCUGCAUUGAAUCCAUGACAAUGAGGGAAUGGCUAGAAGGAAGGCCAUUGGUGGUUGUUUAGCAGGAAAGCAAUCGUUUAUUAGCAGUGAAAUUUAUUGCUCCUUUCUUGUCAUUUCUUUUCAUCCCUCUGUAGGGCAAUUUCCCCUAUGGGUCUGAUUGGCCAGCAUUAGGAGACUUCGAACCAGAUUCACACCCAGAAUAGAUGGUUUUUGUACAACUGGGGGUUGGCUAAAGCGAAUGUUGAACUCGUUUUGUGUAAAUUGUGUUAGUCCAUAAGACAAUAAAUUUUGUAUUCAGA